AUGGAACAGGCCAUUCAGCUGGCCAAAGACGUCGGUAUCCGCACCAUUCAGCUGGCCGGCUACGACGUGUAUUACGAAGAGCAGGACGAGGGGACACUGGCGCGCUUUAGCGAAGGCAUGCAGUGGGCGGUAGACCGUGCCGCCGCCGCCCAGGUGAUGCUGGCAGUGGAAAUUAUGGACACCGCCUUUAUGAACUCGAUCGGUAAGUGGAAAGCCUGGGAUGCCCUGCUGGCUCGCCGUGGUUCACGGUUUAUCCGGACGUCGGCAACUCAGCGCCUGGGGCAUGACGUGCCGCGCGAGCUGGAGCUGGGCAUCGAUCGCAUCGCCGCAUUCACCUCAAAGACACCUACCCGUCACCGCCACUUCGCCGGGGCAAUUCCGUGA